CCGGCCCGGGACACAAGAUGGCGGCAGCGGCGCUGGGGAGGGCGAGGCGGAGGCGGCAAAACAGGCGGUCGAGCAGAACGUGUAGCCGAAUCCCCUCGAGUCCGCUUCGGGCAGCUGCUGAUGCCAGGAGUCCCCAGGGCUCCUGUCCACUUCACUGCUGACUUGCCCACCCACCUGUGCCGAGCUUCCUGCAGGCCUCCCCACUUCUUCUGUGGGAUCCUGUGACGUGAGGUCAGCCCGGCUGGAGAAGAAAACCCUCUCAUGCUAGCAUUGCAGACCCCAGAGGGUCCUGUGUGGGUGCUGAGAUGGCCAAUGAGAAUCAUGGUAGCCCCCGGGAGGAAGCUUCCCUGCUGAGUCACUCCCCAGGCACCUCCAAUCAGAGCCAGCCCUGUUCUCCAAAGCCAGUGCGUCUGGUACAGGAUCUCCCAGAGGAGCUGGUGCACGCAGGUUGGGAGAAGUGCUGGAGCCGGAGAGAGAACCGUCCCUACUACUUCAACCGAUUCACCAACCAGUCCCUGUGGGAGAUGCCAGUGCUGGGCCAGCACGAUGUGAUUUCGGACCCUUUGGGGUUGAAUGCAACCCCACUGCCCCAAGACUCAAGCCUGGUGGAAACCCCUCCAGUCGAGAACAAGUCCAGAAAGCGGCAGCUCUCGGAAGAGCAGCCGAGUGGCAAUGGUGUGAAGAAGCCCAAGAUUGAAAUCCCUGUGACGCCCACAGGCCAGUCGGUGCCCAGCUCACCCAGCAUCCCAGGAACCCCAACACUCAAGAUUUGGGGUGCAUCUUCUGAAGAUAAGCAGCAGGCAGCGCUUCUCCGGCCCACUGAGGUGUACUGGGACCUGGAUAUCCAGACCAAUGCUGUCAUCAAACACCGGGGGCCUUCAGAGAUCCUGCCUCCGCAUCCCGAAGUGGAGCUGCUUCGCUCCCAGCUCAUCUUGAAGCUCCGGCAGCACUACCGGGAGCUGUGCCAGCAGCGGGAAGGAAUUGAGCCUCCCCGGGAAUCUUUCAACCGCUGGAUGCUGGAACGCAAGGUGGUAGACAAAGGAUCUGAUCCCCUGUUGCCAAGCAACUGUGAACCAGUCGUGUCGCCUUCCAUGUUUCGUGAAAUCAUGAAUGACAUUCCCAUCAGGUUAUCUCGAAUCAAGUUCCGGGAGGAAGCCAAGCGCCUACUCUUCAAAUACGCAGAGGCUGCCAGGCGGCUUAUCGAGUCCAGGAGUGCAUCCCCUGACAGCAGGAAGGUAGUCAAGUGGAAUGUGGAAGAUACCUUCAGCUGGCUGCGAAAGGACCAUUCGGCCUCCAAGGAGGACUACAUGCCCUGCAGUUGCCUGCCACCCCGGCUGAGACCCUUGGCUUCCACAAGUAUCCUGACCUGGAGUCUUCUCCAGGACCGCCUGGAGCACCUGCGGAGGCAGUGCGGCCCCCACGUCUCAGCCGCAGCCAAGGACUCUGUGGAAGGAAUCUGCAGCAAGAUCUACCACAUCUCCCUGGAGUAUGUCAAACGGAUCCGAGAGAAGCACCUCGCCAUCCUCAAGGAAAACAAUAUUCCAGAGGAGGUGGAGGCCUCUGAGAUGGAGCCCCGCCUGGUGUACUGCUACCCGGUGCGGCUGGCUGUGUCUGCGCCCCCCAUGCCCAGCGUGGAGAUGCACAUGGAAAAUAAUGUGGUCUGCAUCCGGUAUAAGGGAGAAAUGGUCAAGGUCAGCCGCAACUACUUCAGCAAGCUGUGGCUCCUUUACCGCUACAGCUGUAUCGAUGACUCUGCCUCGGAGCGGUUCUUACCCCGGGUCUGGUGUCUUCUCCGGCGGUACCAGAUGAUGUUUGGAGUGGGCCUCUACGAGGGGACUGGCCUGCAGGGAUCCCUUCCAGUGCACGUCUUUGAGGCUCUCCACCGACUCUUUGGCGUCAGCUUUGAAUGCUUUGCCUCACCUCUCAACUGCUACUUCCGCCAGUACUGUUCUGCCUUCCCUGACACAGAUGGCUACUUUGGUUCCCGAGGCCCCUGUCUGGACUUCGCCCCACUGAGUGGUUCCUUUGAGGCCAACCCUCCGUUCUGUGAGGAGCUCAUGGAUGCAAUGGUCUCUCACUUUGAGAAACUGCUAGAUAGCUCACCUGAGCCCCUGUCCUUCAUCGUGUUCAUCCCCGAGUGGCGGGAACCCCCCACACCAGUGCUCACCCGCAUGGAGCAGAGCCGCUUCAAACGCCACCAGCUGGUCCUGCCUGCCUUUGAGCACGAAUACCGCAGUGGCUCCCAGCACAUCUGCAAGAAGGAGGAAAUGCACUACAAGGCCGUCCACAACACAGCCGUGCUCUUCCUACAGAAUGAACCUGGCUUUACCAAGUGGGGACCGACACCUGAGCGGUUACAGGAGCUGACCACUGCCUACCGGCAGUCAGCCCGAAGCCAUGGCUCCAGUUCUUCCUCAUCUUCAGAGGCCAAGGACCGGGACUCAGGCCGAGAGCAGGGCCCUAGCCGCGAGCCUCACCCCACUUAACACAACCUGCGGGGAGGAGGAGCCCCACGGGUGCUGUUUGAAUGGCUGGGACUCCAGGGCCCUCUCCUGGGGUGGCAGCAGGACUUGGACUGCCAAUGACAUAGGAAUAUUAUGGCUCUGCUAGGGCUCCCCCUCCCUGCCUCUGCCUCCUCUCUCCACCUCGGACUGGUCUCCAAGUCCCCAUUGUAAAUAGGCCCAUGUCUUCCCAACCCCACACUGACCCUGUUGCUGCCUUGUUUCAUUUGUAAAAGGAAAUACAGAACCCCACCAA